AUUGCUUCUCUGCUCGCUCCAGAGGAAAACAUUCUCAACAAAACUCCCCUUUUCUUUAUCGACAUCUUUACCAGUACUCAUUGCAAUUCAAAAACCAUAUCUAUCACCUUUUCCAUCCAUGGAAGAUCUCUAUCGCCAUUCCUGGCAAGAUCCCCUUCUGCUCACUGACGUUUCUUGUCAGCAAUUGCAUCAUUUCAGCUCCUGCAAUGCUUGUCCCGAUCACCCAGUUUCUGAUUUAGCAUCUUCUCCAGUCCAAGAAAGAUGGAUCACAGACCAUAUUCAUCACGAUCCAAUUGUAGAACAUACAAUGGGAGGUUGUGAGAUCUUGGGGUUUUCACUAACGUCUCCUGAUUUGGUGAUCUGUUCUGAUUCGCCGGAAAUUCUCAAACAAUGCUAUGUAGAAUCACUUGAAACUCUCGAUCCUCAUGGCUCAUUUGAAGUGUCUUUAGAUAAUGGGAUCGAUGGGUCUGAACCUAAGGAUUCUAUUGAUACAGCUGUCUCUGUAAAGUUCUCAACUUCGUUUUCUGGAUCUAAAGGUGAAUUUGAGCUUCCUCCCCCACCAGUUAUGGAAGAGUUUUCGCCUGUCCACUUGAGCACGACAGUGAGUAUGAAUGUUGGACUGCACAAAGAAUCGGCAUGCCCACAAUUGACACAAAGCAAGCCUGAGAAGGUCGAAGAAGAUGGAGAUGAUCAAAGGCGGGAGCUGGAGAAUGAAUUCCAAGAGAAUGAACUUGAGGAAACCAAGAGGCACCUGGAGGAACUUAAAAGGCUUAAUGAACAAAAAAGUAGAGAAUGCCAAGAAGCACAGAAGGCAUUGAAAGAUCUUCAGAAUGAGCUAAUGCGCAAGUCAAUGCAUGUUGGGUCCCUAGCUUUUGCAAUUGAGGGGCAGGUAAAAGAAAAAACCAAAUGGUUUUCCACAUUGAGAGACUUGACUAGAAAAGUGAAGAUUAUGAAGAUGGACCAAAUCAAGCUAUCAGAAGAUGCUUUUUCAUUUAAGCAUUACAUAGAAGAUGUGGCUAAUAUGAGCUUUCUCAUCCAAUGUAAAAUGAAACAACAUGUUGAAUUGCAUGAAGAUCUUAAGAUCAAAUUUAUUAAAGGGGCCAAAGAACGAAAGGAGCUUUAUAACAGGGUUUUGGAGUUGAAAGGAAAUAUUAGGGUAUUCUGUCGCUGCAGACCUUUGAGUGUUGAAGAGAUUGCUAUGGGAGCUUCAAUGGCAAUAGAUUUUGAAGCUGCCAAGGACGGAGAAUUAACAGUAAAAUCAAAUGGGCUAUCUAAUAAGAAGACCUUUAAAUUUGAUGCUGUUUUCAGACCCCAAGCAGGACAAGUUGAAGUCUUUGAAGACACGGCACCGCUUGCAGCAUCCGUCUUGGAUGGAUACAAUGUUUGCAUAUUUGCCUAUGGUCAGACUGGUACUGGGAAGACUUUCACAAUGGAAGGCACCAAUGAAGCCCGUGGUGUCAACUACCGAACUCUUGUGUUGGAAGUGUAUAAUGAGCAAAUACGAGACUUGUUGGUUUCCGAAACACAGUCAGGAAUGAAUACUACAAAAAGGCUUGAAAUUAAGCAAGUUGGUGAAGGAGCGCAUCGUGUUCCUGGACUAGUGGAGGCCCAAGUAAACAAUAUGGAUGAGGUGUGGGAUGUCUUGCAGACUGGCAGCCAUGGAAGGGCGGUGGGGUCUACGAAUGCCAAUGAGCACAGUAGCAGAUCACAUUGCAUUCACUGCGUGAUGGUAAAAGGGGAGAAUUUGUUGAAUGGGGAAUGCACAAGGAGCAAGUUGUGGCUAAUUGAUCUUGCUGGAAGUGAGAGAAUUGCAAAGACAGAGGUUCAAGGCGAAAGGCUGAAAGAAACACAAAACAUAAACAGAUCACUGUCUGCUCUUGGGGACGUGAUAUCUGCACUUGCCAAUAAGAGCCCACACAUCCCUUUUAGAAACUCCAAACUGACUCAUUUGCUCCAGGAUUCAUUAGGAGGAGAUUCAAAGACACUAAUGUUUGUACAAAUUAGUCCUAACGAGAAUGAUCUUAGCGAGACUCUCUGCUCAUUGAAUUUUGCCAGCCGAGUGCGAGGGAUUGAGUUAGGUCCAGCAAAAAAGCAGCUAGGCAACACGGAGAUCUUGAAAUAUAAACAGAUGGUUGAGAAGAAUAAGCUAGAUAUGAAAACAAAAGAUUUCCAUGUUAAGAAGAUGGAAGAUACAAUUCAUGGACUGGAGAUGAAAGUGAAAGAGAGAGAUGUAAAAGUUAAGAACCUCCAAGACAAGAUUAAGGAACUUGAAUCGCAACUUCUUGUGGAGAGGAAACUAUCAAGGCAACACGUAGAUUCUAGAAUUGCAGAACAGCAGCAACAAUUGAGACAACAGCAUGAUGAUCAAAAUGCUGCAAGGCCUCCAUUUUCAGUCAAAACUACCCUAGCUCAAGCUAAUCUCAAUCGUCCACUUUCUGAGAACAAUAAAUACAACCACUAUGUGGCUCCCAGUCAUCUGGACCCCUUUGUUAGGCGAGAUGAUGUACCAGAAAAAGAAGACAAAGAAAACAAUCCUGGGAUGGAACACAUUCGAGCAAAGUUGACACCUUCAUUUUUUCCAUUGACACCAAUUCAAGCAACUGAGGAGGAUGUUGACAAUGUUGAUGGUAAAUGCUUACCUGAACCAUUGCCAGGGGAUAGUCCUACAGACCUAAAAUUUGAAGGUAAGAAACUUAAUGACGCACUAAGACGAAGCAUCAACAAGAGACUUCAAUUGAAGUCCCCAAUGCUACAAACUAGAAGAGGAGUGAACGUGGGAAUUGAGAAAGUUAGAGUUUCUAUAGGAAGUAGGAGGGUUGCCCAUAGAGUGUUACUUGGGACUACUAGAAGAGUUCUAACAAAAGAAGGACAACAGAAACAAAGUCAAAGGGAAAAGGAGAGAGGGUGGAAUGCUGGAACAAAUGCAAGAGGAACAGUUUUAUGAUCUCUUUUCAUGUCCUUUUAAUCUUUUCUCCAAGUCUGGCUCUAAUGGGUAUCUAGGGUGAUUCAUGCUUGAUUCUGUUUUGAUUAAUAUUUUGAUUGAUGUAUAUAUGUGAUUGUACUUGUUUUUUAUUGCUACAGACUUCCUUCUUUUGCCUGACUAUGAAUUUUUCAGUGUGGAUAAAUGUGGGACUCGAUC